UGUUUUGAAUUUGUUAUUACUGUUACUAAGUCUCCAAACAAACUCAUUCCAAUUCGAAACCUGUAUAGUUCAAGUUAUUAAAAACCUUUCUUAAGGUAUUAAAUACUUAUGUCGUGUUUACUCUCAUUCCUAUUACAAUUUUAAUAACUUGAUAUUGUAAAAUGAAUACGAUACUGAAGCCAGACAAGUUUAGUGUGGAUCCAAACUUAUCAACUGCAAGCAAGAAAUGGACACAUUGGCACAAAACUUUUCAGAACUUCAUUACCAGUAUCGCACCACAAUCAUCAGACUUUGAAAAGCUCAAAACACUUAUCAACUUCAUCACUCCAGAUAUUUAUGAGUACAUAAGCGAAAGUGGUACGUAUAAUGAUGUUAUAUCUACUUCAAGGAGAAUCUAUGUAAAACCUGUAAAUGAAAUAUUUUUAAGACAUAAACUAUCUGCACGUCAACAACAGCCUGAUGAGACUAUUGAUCAAUAUCUUCAUGCCUUAAAACUAUUAAGUAAGGACUGUGAGUUUAAAGCUGUGACAGCUGAAAGAAAUAGGGAUGAUUAUAUUCGUGACACAUUUAUUGCUGGAAUGAAGUCUCCUACAAUUCGCCAGCGUUUACUAGAGAAUGUUGCAUUAACACUAGAAGAGGCAUAUAGUCAAGCCAGAUCCCUGGAACUUGCAUAUGCACAAUCAUUAGCUUUCCAAUCUUCAUCCCAAUUAAAUGCAACUUCUUCCCAAAAUACUCAAGCAAGCAAUCAGAAUACUGAUUCAGAAAACUGUUUAUUAGCUGCUGCUAAUGAAAAAUGCUAUUUUUGUGGUAAUCUGAGACAUCCUCGGGUCAGCUGCCCAGCUAAAAAUACAAUUUGUCAUAAUUGUGGAAAACAGGGGCACUUUGCUAAGGUCUGCAGGUCGAGUAAAUUACAAACCAAACAAUCAAAAAAAUCGAAAGAUAUUAUGAACUCUAUUGACCUAGCAGCUUCGCCCGGAGGAUUGACAAAGAGUACAGUACAAGCCCUGGUUAAUGGAAAAUCUGUCUCUGCUUUGAUAGAUACAGGGAGUUCUCUGAGUUUUAUAAACAAUUCUACUGCUCUUAACCUAGGUCUUCCUAUAAGACCAGGUAGGGGUACUGUAUCAAUGGCGACUACAUCAAUCACAUCCAAUAUAACAGGACAAUGCUUAGUAGAUCUUGUCAUUCUUGAUCACUGUUACAAACAAGCAAAUCUUUCGGUCUUACCAGAGCUUUGUGCGGAUAUAAUUGUUGGACAUGAUAUUUUGAAAAACCAUGAAAGUAUUAAAGUAGUUUUUGGUGGAAAAAAGCCGCAGUUAACCGUAUGCAGCGUGGCAGCCUCAACUGUAGAACCGGUGUCAUUGUUUUCUAAUUUAAAACCGGAAUGUAAACCAAUUGCAAUCAAAUAUCAUCGACACAGUACGGAUGAUUUGAAGUUUAUUGAAAAUGAAGUAAGUAAAAUGCUUAAAGACGAUGUUAUAGAGCCCAGCAUUUCUCCAUGGAGAGCUCAAGCGUUAGUGGUUACAAAUGAAAAUCAUAGAAAAAGAAUGGUCAUUGAUUACUCCAAAACUAUAAAUCGUUUUACAUUACUGGAUGCUUACCCACUACCAAGAAUCGAUGAUAUUGUAAACAAAGUUGCAAAUUAUGAGUUUUUCAGUACUAUCGACUUGAAAAGUGCAUACCACCAAAUUACGAUAAGGAAAGAAGAAAAGCACUACACAGCAUUUGAGGCAUGUGGUCAACUCUACCAGUUUAAACGCAUUCCGUUUGGGGUCACUAAUGGAGUGGCAGUGUUCCAACGUGUAAUUGACCAAGUUAUACGGUCUGAACAGCUACAAGACACUUAUGCUUACCUUGAUGAUGUUACAAUCUGUGGCAAAACACAGGAGCAACACGAUAUAAACUUGAAAAAGUUUAUCAACCCUGCAAACAAAUACAACCUAACUAUCAAUAAUGAGAAGUCUUCAUUUUCACUGAAAUCGAUCAACUUGUUGGGCUAUCAUAUAUCUAACAAAACUAUCAAGCCUGACCCCAGCCGAUUGGAACCACUGAAAAAUUUACCUCCGCCUAGAGACACUGCAUCGCUGAGGAGCUUCCUUGGUAUGUUUUCACAUUAUGCAUCACUAAUACCAGAUUAUGCCACUAAGGUGAUUCCUCUUGCCCGUACUGCAUUUCCCUUGUCUAAAGCAGGGUUACAAUCGUUUGAAACUAUAAAAAGUGAAAUAAUUGGAUCUGUAGUAAGUUGCAUUGACCCUGAAGCACAAUUCAUUGUGGAAACUGAUGCAUCUGAGAGCACCAUUGCUGCUACUUUGACUCAAUCAAACCGUCCAGUUGCAUUCUUCUCAAGGAUACUUUCACCAGCAGAACAAAGAUAUUCAAGUGUUGAGAAAGAAGCACAAGCCAUUGUAGAAGCACUGCGAAAAUGGCGUCACUACUUGGUUGGCAAACAUUUCAAGCUAAUUACUGAUCAGAGGUCGGUAGCUUUAAUGUUUGAUAACAACCGUCAUGGUAAAGUGAAAAAUGAAAAGAUAAUGAGGUGGAAACUGGAACUGUCUUGUUUUCAUUACGAUAUUGUAUAUAGACCUGGCAAAGAUAAUAUGGCUGCUGAUGCUCUGUCUAGAGUAUGCUCUUCAAUCCAAAAUCAGGAAAAUCUAUUAGUUGAUUUACAUGACUCUCUAUGCCACCCAGGCAUAACACGGUUGUACCACUGGGUUCGGAGUAAAAACUUACCCUACUCAAUUGAUGAAAUCAGACGCAUAACAAACUCCUGCAAAGUGUGUGCUGCUGUCAAGCCCAAAUUCUUCAAACACAAAGGGACUCUGAUUAAAGCCACUUCUGCAUUUGAACGGCUAAAUAUCGAUUUCAAAGGCCCUCUGCCUUCAUCAAUUCGAAAUCGUUAUUUAUUGGUAAUAGUAGAUGAGUUUUCACGGUUCCCUUUUGCUUUCCCAUGUCCAGACUUGUCAUCAUCUACAGUUAAAUCAAAACUGAAAACCCUGUUUUCUACGUUUGGGGUUCCUAGUUACAUACAUUCAGACAGAGGAACAUCAUUUAUGAGUCAAGACUUGAAAAAUUACCUAAACUCGCAUGGAAUUGCAACUAGCAGAACCACUGCUUACAACCCAGCAGGUAAUGGACAGGUUGAAAGAUAUAAUUGUAUUCUUUGGAAAACGAUUGAGCUAGCAUUAAAAUCACUUAAUUUAGAAAUAAAUCAAUGGGAGUCAGUUUUAGAAGAUGCUCUUAGCUCAACAAGAACAUUACUUUGCACAGCCACAAAUCAAACUCCUCAUGAGCGUAUGUUCUUACACCCACGUAGAUCUGGAAACAAUGGUGUUUCAGCUCCUUCUUGGCUUCUCAAUUCCGGCCCUGUCUAUUUAUAAAAAUUCAAUCGAACAUCUAAAUAUGAGCCACUUGUUGAAGAGGUCCAACUUCUACAUGGAAAUGCUGAGUAUGCACAUGUAAAGCUACCUGAUGGAAGAGAAACCACAGUAUCAACACGUCAUUUUGCUCCAGUUGGAGAGUACGAAAACAGAGAUCACGAAGAACAAACCGAUUCUGAAAAUGAUGAAAAUUCUCAAUUACCAACUUCCGAACCUGAACUUGAAUACUUCCAUAAUCCUCAAGCAACCCAAAACCAAGAAAACGAAACUAGUACUACUGCCGAGAGCUUACAACCUAGACAACAGACUACUGGACAAGAAAACCAAAAUACAUAUCCAAGAAGAAGUUUUAGAAAUAGAAGACCUCCUAAUUAUUUGAAUGACUACAUUCAUUAACUCUUUGGGGGGAAGAAUGUAGUAUAACAACAUAUGUUUUGAAUUUGUUAUUACUGUUACUAAGUCUCCAAACAAACUCAUUCCAAUUCGAAACCUGUAUAGUUCAAGUUAUUAAAAACCUUUCUUAAGGUAUUAAAUACUUAUGUCGUGUUUACUCUCAUUCCUAUUACA